AUGGCGAAGAGAAGCAGGGCCUCCACCACAAUAACCAGCCGCUGCUCCAACCGAUCAUGGUCAGAUGUUACGGAGCCCUUACUCUAUUCCAUCCUCAGCCGGCUCUCCUCCAACGUUGCGGAUUUCUACACCUUCAGCGGCGUCUGCACCGCAUGGAGGUCGAUCGCCAAGGCCUUCAAGCAGGAGCUCUUGGCAUCUACUCCCCCCAUGUUCAUGCUCCGUCUCGCCAACAGUGGAGCCCUUCGUUUCCAAAGCAUCACAGACUCGAAUUAUCACAUGACCAGCCCUCUCCGAGUCAAGACCAAGAACUGCGUCGGCGUCUCCUUCGGUUAUCUCAUCAUCGUGGACAGAUCAUGGCGGCAGCCAUCGCUUGUCGAUCCCUUCACCAGCACCACAAUCCGCUUGCCGAAGCAGGAGUUUCGCAUUCGGUUCGCAAUCUUGACGGCUCCACCGUCUUCUCCAGAUUGCCUGCUCCUGGGCUUGGGUUCGGACUUGGGUACGAAAAAAUGUCAGACCAACGCUAUUGCGGUCUGUGAACUUGAAGGUUCAUGCGGGACGGUACAAUUCUGGCCCUUCUCGUUUCGCAAUGCCAUCUUUCGCGAUGGCAAGGCCUUUGCUCUGUUGAAUUUCUCUGCAGUUAUUAUAGUCAUGGAUUUGGUGCGUGAUCCUAAGCCAAGGUUGACGGAAGUCAGGCGCCUGUCUGUACCAACCGGGCUACCAUAUCUGAUGCUAACCGAGGCUGGUGGUGAUCUCUUGUUAGUGUCCCAAGAUCCUCCAUCAGGAAGAAUCUCAGUGGAAGCUUGCCCGCUGGACCUAAAAAGAAGAGGUUGGGUGCGAUUAACAAGUUUGGGCGGGCGUGCAUUGUUCUUAAGCUACAAUCGGUGCGAGGUGGCAGAGAAUCCAGCAGAAUGGGAAGGUGAGGACUGCAUAUACAUGGUUUCUGGAAAUACAGUGGUGAGGCAGUCGUUGAAGGAUGGAAGCACCAAAGUUCUCAUUGAAUCUUUGCCUCAACGAUACGUAGAUGAAGAUAGGAAUUAUGAUUGGGUUACUCCGGUUUCAAACCAACUUCCAAUUUAG